CAAGAGCCACGUGUCAAACAUACACUUUUAGACUCACAUAACUCAUUACUGCUUUGCGCUUUUAAAGCAAAUCCAAACAGAAAACCUAAUUUCUCCCUCUUGGUCCUUUUGAUUCAGAAAUAGGGGUGAAUUGAGUCCAAAUGGGCCGAAAGAAGGUGCAACUGAAGCGAAUUGAAAACAAGAGCAGUCGUCAAGUAACCUUUUCAAAAAGGCGAAGCGGAUUGAUCAAGAAGGCUCGAGAACUCUCCGUCCUCUGCGACGUUGAUGUUGCUCUCAUCAUCUUUUCCAGCCGCGGCAAGCUCUACGAGUUCUGUAGCACCGACAGCAAGGCCAACAUUUUUGAGCGCUAUCAAAGUCACUCUGGAGAAGAAGCUCUUGCUUCCAAGGGUGAAAAUGCAGAGGUCUCUAAUCCUGAAUAUGCAAGUAUUUAUUCACAUGCUGAACUGCUGCAAAUAGUUCAAAGGCAACUUGAGGGACCAAAGUUGGAGCAGUUGACUGUGACUGAUAUUGUGCAUCUGGAAAAGCAAUUUAAUGCUAAAAUAUCACAAAUUAGAGCUAGGAAGACAGAAUUGAUAAUGGAUACCAUAAUGACCCUCCAAGAUAAGGAAAAGAAGCAGAGAGAAGAAAAUACACUUCUGAGAAGAGAGAUUGCAGAACUAGAGAAGGAGAAUGAUAGAACAGCCAGAGCGAUGGCAACCCUGCAUUUACUUCGAUAAUAGCUUGAAGAACAUCCUUGCACGUGUGCUCACAAGGUGGUGGUGCUUCAAGUUGGCUGAGGGACAGUGUGGAAGAUGCUGAAACUCAGGAGCAAAAAUCUAGCUAUUGGCUUAUUGUAUAAGUUCAGCUGAUGGACAAUGUUGUAUAUAUACAUAUAUAUAUAUAUAUAUAUAUAUAUAUAUGUAUGUAUGUAGGUAUGUGUUUGUGAGCAAUAAUGGGGUAAGGCUUCGUAUAUGACGCAUUCGGUUUGGAACAA